UCAUGUAAUUUUUUUUUUUACAUUUAUGUUCAUUAACAUGCACUGUCCUAAAUAAAUAAAUAAAUAAACAUGAGUGAGAAUGAGAGGGAUACCGGUGGAACGGUAAACAUGCAACUAGCACAGGUGGUGAAGGUGGGGUCAACCAUCCAAAGCCUCAUAUAAUAGACAACAGAGGUGAAGAAGAGAGUGCAGCGGGUGGAGAUGAGGGUCAAGGUUGAUGUGUGACAAGAGUGAAUGGAAAGAUUUCCCGUGUGGUGGUGAAACCUGCUGGUUUGGAGACGGUGGCACUGACAAAAAGGCAGGAGGCUGACGUGGAGGUGGCAGAGUUGAAAAUACCAAGAUGUUUUACUAAGAGGAUGGACAGAAUUGAAAAUGAGUACAUGAGAGGUAUAGCUCAUGUUGAAAAUCAUUUUUGGAGGGGUUAAGGGUUUCAGGAUAUUCAACCCCUCAUGAACAAAAUGUAUUGCCUAAACCUUUUAUACGUGUCUGGCCAGGUUCUAGUAAGUUAUGCACAAGUUGGCUUCUUGUAUAUCCUGUGUGCUGUGGCUUAAAAGCCCCCCUAAUCGUGAGACUGGCCUACUUUUUGGUGAUCUGCUUGUGUGUGCCUGACGUGUCACAGCACGUGAUUAAUAUUUGUUUUGGUGUCUGCGUUAAAAUAUUGUCUUUAACGCUUUCUCACCUGUGAGGCCCAGUUCGGUCAGAUUUAGGCUGUUUAUUUUCAUCUGCUGUGUGCAGCUGGAUGUGGUACUUGCAACGGUGGCAUAUUAAAAAAAAGUAAGACACUCUAGCACACGUGCACACUUCAGCACCUCUAAUUUCAAGUCCUUUCCCAAACUGAUAGCAUUUCACCAGCAGUGGAUAGUUGUUUAUUAACUGGGCACAGUCACUUUUUUGUAGUAUAGACUGUUCUGCCACUUAUAUCGUGCCUCCAGGAAACUGCAGAGGGAUGAUUGCCGUGUGAGUGCAUGCACACGAGAACAAAACUAAAUUUAGGACAGUGAUGUGUUGUAUUACUCAGUAACGGGUAAAUGCAUUACAGUAACACCAACACCGCUUUUACCCACAGAAAAACCAGGUAGGAUGACAAAUAGAGGUUUUCACAAUUAACCAAUAAGCUUAUUUAGUAAGCCAGCUGUUUCCCCCAUUCUCAGCCUUUCUCACUUGCUAAGCUAACCUUCAUAUUUCUUAUGUAAACAUAUGAGAUAUCGAACUUUCCAUCAAACUCUCAGUAAGAAAGCACAUUUCCCAACUAAUCAUUUAACCUGGCCCUAAAAAGAGUUGACUCUGAAUUUCAGUUAGCAAAGCAAACAAAACAGAGGCAUGAAAUUAUAGUUUCUGCACUAGCAUAUUACUUUUACUUCUUACCAAGUCAUAGUAUUUUUAACAAAUAAUAGAAACUCAGUGCAAAGGGAACAGAAAGUGUUUAUGCGAACAUAGAAAAAGGGGUUUUCACCAUGUUUCACAUUUCUUGACACGCUGAUUGAAUGUCACCGAGUUACAACCCCAAGGGAAACCACAGCACCGCAGCCUCUUCUUUUCUCAGAAAAUUUUCCAAUACGUCACUAGAGGCAAGACGGCAAAACUUUAGUCAAAGAAAUGUUUAGGGUACACGGCCUGAAUAACCCUACAGACAUGGAAAUGACAGCACGCUGAACAACUCUGGAACGGAUGAGAAAAAUUGGGAAGCAGUGAGCCAAAGUCUGGAGCGACUACAAUGCUUCAAAUCUUCCAGUCACUGAGCUUUGGAAACAAACCAUCCCAGUGGCCUCAAAGGACUUAACAAAUGGAGAGAAAUAAGAAAAGCCUUUCCCUGUUUAUUCUGCUGCCUGUGCUGCUGCUCUGCAGAAGUGAUGAGUGUCCCAGGCUUCCAGAGAAUCUCACUUGCUACACUGACUACAAUAGAAACAUCACAUGUUUGUGGAACAGCAAAUACGUGUCUGAUGACACUGCAUGCACCAUACAUGCUCAGUAUGAAUCUCGCUACAUCUCUUACAGCACUUCCUGUCACCUAAAGUCUGUUGACAUGUCCAGACCAGACCUAAAGGAGUGCUCCCUCAUCUUUGAAAUGGAAUUCACUUUUCAGUCUUUCCAUGUGUUGUCCAUGAAUCUGAGCUGUGCUCAUAUGAAGCAGAGUCUAAUCACUUCCUACAUGCCAUCCUGUCACAUAAAGGUGAAUCCUCCUUCGAAGCCAGAAGUCAACGUCACCUCUGUUUCCUGGUUGUCCGAAGACCCCAAACAUGAAAUGAUCAGUUCAUACGAAAGUGAAGUGCAGUGGAAGCAGCAGGAUCAGUCAUGGAGUGAUCCCCCCUUUCAGAAAAAAGGUGACAUUCAGUGCGAGAAUGAGUGCAGGGCAGAGCUGGACCCAGACAAACUGAUACAAGGCGAGAAGUACGAGGUACGAGUUCGUGUGCGGUCUGUUAAACCUCGACCCGAGGGAGCCUGGAGUGACUGGAGCCCCACUGCAUCAUGGGAGUCACCAGUAGGAAAAAGAAAACCACCAUCAGAUGUUCCUAGACUUGUUGUGUGCAUAAUUACAGCAGGUGUUGUAGUGUUAAUGGCAGUCAUUCUCUGCACAACUAAAAAACACUGGGUUUAUGUAGUAAAGACAAUGAAAGGUCAGCCCGUACCAGACCCAGGAAAAUCCUCCCUGCAGAAUGUACAUUUUAAGAGUGGGUUCUCCAGUGAAUACUUUCACUCCUUCUUGAAACCAGUGGAAAUGAUCAAUGUAGAAUUAAUCUCACCUGUGGAUGCUGCUGUGGCCUACAAGCCAGAUGAGAAGAUGGUGUUGAACAAAGGCAGCUAUGACUCCACCAGCUCCAGCUUCACUAACCCAAGUUACUCUGAGCUUUGUAGCCCUCCUCCUAUUUCCUCACUCACUGCUGGGAAUCUGAAGCCCUGUGCGGUUGACACGCCUUAUGGUCCUGUUGGUACUCAGGGUGAAGGAAAAAGCGCAGAACAGGAAAGUGAUGAAGCGAGAGAGAAAGAAAAGGAGACGUUAAUGCUGCUGCUCAAAGGCAGCAGUAACAGUGAGCCAGUGCAGGUGAUUUCAGACUACGAGAAAACUGAGAGGCUCGACAAUGAUCGAUUUAGGCUCCAGAGUCUAGAUUCAGGCAUGUGCAGUUGUGCAGAGGUCAGUGAAGAGAGCAUGGAGGCAGAUAGCAUCAAUAUGACUGAUAGCCAUGAUGAAGAACCUGAGGCUGAGGAAGAGAAGGAGGGAGGGAAUGAACAAAAAGCAGAUUUUCAGAGGCUGUUUGGAAGCAGCGGAGGUGUGUUUGGCAAGUCUAUCCAGGUUUGUUCUGAUUAUGAGCGAGUGGAGAAACAGCAGGCUGACAGCCCGGAGCUUCCCAGCUUGGAUUCAGGUGUUAGCAGUGGGGGAGAGGAGCAGCUGAGUCAGGAUGAGGGCAUGGAGGAUGCUGAUAAGUCCACUGAAUCUACACGCUUCCUGUUUCCACCUCAUCCUUCCAGUGCUUUACCAUGCUCCCUGCUCUCUUUUCCACAACUGCCUCUGAACUUGCCUGGGCCACGACUGAGUCCAGCUUUGCAGCUCCAGCCAGGUCACAUGACACAGGGGUUUGCUCUGAUGUCAACAAGCAGGUCGGUGGAGCCCUCUGGUGAUGGAUAUAUGCCAGUGAAACAGGAGGACGGCUGAGAACAGACAGCAGGCUCAACUAGCAGGACAACAUAGCAUGUAGCACUUGGAGGAGUCAUCACAGUCACUCAGUUCUCAGGAAAAUGUAACAUCACAUAAUUCUUUCUCUUCUGCUCAGUUUUCAGCAACUUUGACAGUUUCAUGAAUGUAUUUUACUUUUGUUUUUUAUAUAUUUAUAUAAAUAUUUAUGCCUGCUCAGAAGCUCAUACUGUCACCCCAGAAUAAAAUAAUGUGACUCUUUCUACAAUGUAAAGGCUGCCCUCUCUGCCAUCAUACUAGCUGACCUGACUGACUCUAAACUGCGUAAAUCUGUGUAAACUGUGGUAAACUUCCCUACAUGGACUAAAGUUUUUGGCCACAUACAUAUUGAGCAAUUUAAAUCCAUACCAUGAAGCUUCCAGUGCACAUUUUUUAUCCUGAUGUCAGUGGCAGAGGAGGUUUGGAGCUGUGCAGAGCAGAGAUGGGCAGUAACGCGCAAUCCGAUUACUUUUUUCAAGUAACGAGUAAAGUAAGGGAUUACUGUUGC